AUGGGCGACAGCUACGUGUAUCGAAGACUUCCUUACGCCAGGGGAGGCGACGAAGCUGAAGACGAGGAUGCGGAGGCGAGGAAUUCUGCCAGAACAAUGAUGUCCAACGAGGAGGGCACCGAGUGGCUCCUGGAGCUUCUGACGGACGUUCAGCUGCAACAGUACCUCCUGCGCAUCCGCGACGAGCUCAACGUCACGCGCCUCUCGCACUUCGACUAUGUCAAGAACGAAGACCUGGAGAAGAUCGGCAUGGGCCGGCCCGGUCAGAGAAGACUUUGGGAAGCCGUCAAAAGAAGACGAGCACUUUACAAACGCAAGUCCUGGAUGAGCAAGGUGUUUCCCGUCAAACGUCCAGACGCCGAUCAACAGCCGGCGGCGGUGUCUUUGGCGUCUGGCGGUUCCUCGUCCGGCACCGACUCCGCGGCUUCGCUCACCUGCCUCGUCCGGGAGGCCGAACUGCAGCUGUUUGAGCGCCUGGGCGACGGCACCUUUGGCGUGGUCCGCCGCGGCGAGUGGAGCGCCCCUAGCGGUCGAGUGCUAUCGGUGGCGGUCAAGUGCCUGAAGGCCGGCGUACUGGACUCUGACGGUCUAGACGACUUCAUCAGGGAGGUCAACGCCAUGCAUUCACUUAGCCACCAGAACCUGAUCCGACUUUAUGGGAUUGUGCUGACGCAGCCCAUGAAAAUGGUGACCGAGCUAGCUCCUCUGGGUUCACUGUUGGACCGGCUGAGGAAGCGUCAAGGUCACAUCCUCAUCUCCUCACUCUGCAACUACGCCGUUCAGGUGGCGUGCGGCAUGGCCUACCUGGAGCAACGGCGCUUCCUCCACCGCGACCUAGCGGCACGCAACGUGCUGCUGUCCACCAACGAGACUGUUAAAAUCGGUGACUUUGGCCUGAUGAGGGCGCUGCCGACUCACGCCGACCACUACGUCAUGGAGGAGGGCCACAAAGUCCCCUUUCCGUGGUGCGCUCCGGAGUCGUUGAAAACUCGCAGUUUUUCGCACGCGUCCGACACUUGGAUGUUCGGGGUCACUCUGUGGGAGAUGUUCACCCACGGGCAGGAGCCGUGGCCGGGCCUAAAUGGGAGUCAGAUCCUCCACAAAGUGGACGUCGAAGCGGAGCGUCUGUGCAAGCCGGACGACUGUCCUCAGGACAUCUACAAUGUCAUGCUCCAGUGCUGGAGCCCCAAACCUGAGGACCGGCCCACUUUCGUGGCCCUCAGAGACUUCCUCAUGGAGAGCACGCCAAUGGACAUGAGAGCUCUGCAGGACUCUGCGGAGGAUGACAAACUCCACAUUCAGAUGAACGACGUCAUCACCAUCAUUGAGGGAAGGGCCGAGCACUACUGGUGGCGUGGGCAGAACCGUCGAACACUGCGCGUGGGCCAGUUCCCCCGCCACGUGGUGACGGCGGUGACGGGCCUGUCGGCGGAUGACAUCAGCAGACCCUUGAAGCACUCGUUCAUUCACACCGGCCACGGGGACACCGACCCGCAUCGGAGCUGGGGCCACGCUGACCGCAUCGACAGUCUAUAUUUGGGGAACCCCAUGAACCCCCCCGAUGUUCUCGGACUAGAACCUUGCAUCUCCAGACCGACCAAACUCCCCAACCGGGCCAAGAAACAACCGCCGCCUCGUCCUCCUCAGCCUGCGGUUCUUCUCAAGAAACCCUACUACGACUCUGUGAUGGAGGACUACGACGACAACGAGGAGGAUGCCGGUUCCGGCGCUCGGGUCGGACCUAAGAGGCCGAGUUUCCCGCUGGGGCUCAAGCUCCGCCCCUGGGAGGGCGGGGCCCGGCUGGAUGCCAGCGAGGUGUCGCUCAUCGACUUCACCGACGACAGCUUCAGCUCCACUACCACGCCUUCGCCGCUCUCUGAGACCAUUCCCCUCGACCGUCACGCGCUCAAGGACACGCCCUCCAUCCUGGACUGGCCCCUCCCACAGCCCGCCUACGAUGAGGUGGCGCCGGAGUUGCACGACCAAUCGGAGGACCGGGAAGUGCUUUCCAUCAACAAGGGCGCGGUCCAAGAAGUACCAACCGCCACGUUGGUCCGCAACGAAUCGCAGUCGGCCGACCUCUUCCAGGAACUCCAGCGAGAGGUGAUGGUGAAGCUCCAGGUUCCCAUGGCGACGGGCCGAUCGCUCCCCUCCUCGCCCCUCCCCCUAGUGCCGCUCCCCCACCGGCAGAUCUACCUCCCGCCGCCCUCGCCCUCCGCAGAGCGACCCGAGCUGCCGCCCCGCAGCCCGGCCCCGCCUACUCGCCCCGCCCACCCCCGCCACAGCUCUGUCUCCCUGGAGCUGGAAGACACGCCCCCUCAGCUGCCCCCGCGGGACAGGGCCCUCUCUCAGCCUAGCUCGCGGUCCUCCUCGCCCCUGGCACCCGCGGCGGCACCGCCCCCUCUGUCGGCGUCACCCCAUCGCGGCUCGGCUUUAACGGGUCCGCUCCUGCCCCCGUCGGCGUUGGCGUCGCCCCCUAAGGUUACGUCUUUUUGCUCGCCUGGCGUCUCUUUGGACCCGCUGGCCUCCCGGGAAUCCUCGGCGAUGACGGACGGCUCCACCCGCGCCCCGUUGCCCGCGCGACCGGCUCUUCUGGAAAGAUACGGAGCCUCCAACAUGGCAGCGGUCAAACCCAUGAUUCAGCACUCCGGCCGAGCCAAGCCCAACUCCUCCUCCAAUAACAACAACGGACGAGCGUCGGAGUCUGCCGUGGCGCAAGUCCGGGAAGCCGUCCGCGGCGUUACGCUGGAUGAGUGUCAGGCCGCCUUGCAAGCUCACCGCGGGGGAGUCCAAAAAGCCAUCGACUACUUGAAGGUGGAGCAGUUGUUUCGCGUGGGCCUGAGUUCCCGACACGAGUGCGAGGCGCUCUUACGCCGCUGUCAGUGGAACCUGGAAGAAGCCGGUUCGCUCAUGCUGGACACGUACGGACCGCAUUGCAACAGGUGA